UCCGGUGCGAAAGGUCACACCAAGAUGGCGCCGUCUAAGAAGAAACAUGCUAGCAGCCAGCCGUGUGUUAUUCCUGGAGGAUUCACAGUUUUGUCGCUGCAGUUCAGUUCAGACGGCGGCGCUCAGCAUCAGCUGUUUGUGAAGGAGCACAAAGUCCGAGCAGAGAAGAGUCCGCGCAGACCGCUGGACAGGACGCUGUUUGUCCUCAACGUGCCCCCGUACUGCUCUCAGGAUGUGGUCAAAGAGCUGUUCUCUCAGUUCGGCUCUGUUCAGUCUGUGGAGCUCAGAGAUCACCCGGGUUCAUCUCAGGACUCUGGACCCAAACUGUCCAGGUUCUUCAAACCAGUCGAAAAACAGGGUUUUAAAGUGGGAUACAUUGUCUUCCAAACCUCCUCCAGUAUAACAGCAGCGAAAUCUCACCCACACGAUGUUCCUUUGGUGGUUUGCACAGAGCAGCGUCCGGUGAGGACGGGGUCACAGAAAUGGAUUCAGCAGUACACCGACUCUUUUAUUCAUCCAGACAAACUGCAACAAAUCGUCGACUCCUUCAUGGAAGAUUACGACAAACGGAAAGAAGAGGAAGCAGAGAGGCAGAGGAAGGAGGCCGAGCAGCAACAAGAGGAUGAAGAGGGCUGGGUGAAAGUCACAAGAGGACCUAAAGGUACCAAAGCCCGGCCUCACAGUGAGGCGGCCAACAAGAGGACUCUGCACAAAGAGAUGAGGAAGAAGAAGAGGAAGGAGCUCAUGAACUUCUACACCUGGCAGCACAGGAACACGCAGAAAGAACAUAUCGCUGAACUCAGGAAAAAGUUUGAGGAGGAUAAACAGAGAAUAGCUCUGCUGAGGGCACAAAGAAAGUUCAAACCUUACUGAGUCAGCUGCAGUGAUUAUUAUUUCCUCACUUCACUUCUGUUGUGUGUUUAAGCUCCGUUAUAACCUUCAGUACCUUUUGUUAUAAUAAAAUAUUAUUAUUCCGACA